CUUGAGAAGACUGAAGUCUUGCAGCGGUUCAGACUUGAGGAGUGACAACCCACGGAGGGGAGAGCUACCCUACGACUCUUCCCACUUUUAGAGGACGCAGACAGCAGCUGCCGGAGAGCUGGCCAGCCCCUCCACGGACACACACACACACAUACACACACACACACGCGCGCACGCACCACAAGCAGAGACGUAUCCUCUGCACAGGACGAGCCCAAGCGCCGACCCAUGCGAGGGGUAGCUCGGAUAUUCAAGGACAUUUCAACGUUCCCAUAGCUACUCUGGCCUUUUCUGGUGAGGAAACCAGCAGCGUGCGCGUCGCGCUCCCGUCACGAGCAGCGAUGUGGCCAGAUUUCGUAAACACGGGCAGAAACGGCGGUUGAUCUGACGCCCGUCGCUGCCGGGCUGAGGAUGUUUUCUCUGCGUGUCAUCUCUACGAGCCGCAGCCCGUCUUAUCCGCCCGCCGAGAGGACGCGCACACGCACAGGAAGCCCGCCGCUGACUCUGGUUGCGCUGCAGCGGGCCAUGGCAUCGUCUCCACACCGCGGCGCGUCGCAGGCUGUCUGUUGCUGAAGGCAGCUCGAGUGACCGGAGCGAGAAGUAGUAGUGGAGGUGACUCUUUUUAUUUUUUUUCCCCCUCCCGAACACAACCUCCCAGGAGGAGACGGGCCGGUCAACUUCCCAUCACGGAGUGCGCGAGCGUACCGUGGAAAGCCAGAGGCGCAUUGGCGUUGUGCAUCAGGUCCAGGAGCCAUCGAUGUGGACUUCAGCUGGCGAUUUGACGAGCCACAUUUAGGAGCAUCAGGAGUCUCUCCUCGCCCCUCUCCCCCUCCCUUCCCUCUGUCCCUCCCUUCCCCUUUUCCCUGUCAGACUUUUCCCUGAUCCCCGUUUCCCCAUUCUCCGAGAUUCACCAUGCUUAUCAAGGAGUACCGCAUCCCCAUGCCCAUGAGUGUGGAGGAGUACCGCAUUGCACAGCUCUACAUGAUCCAGAAAAAGAGCAGAGAGGAGAGCUGUGGGGAAGGCAGUGGGGUGGAGAUCCUAGAAAACAAGCCCUACAUAGAUGGACCAGGUGGGACGGGCCAGUACACCCACAAGGUCUACCACAUCGGCAUGCACAUCCCCAGCUGGUUCCGCUCCAUCCUGCCCAAAGCAGCGCUGAGGGUGGAAGAGGAGUCCUGGAACGCCUACCCCUACACGCGCACCAGGUAUACCUGUCCCUUUGUUGAGAAGUUUUCCAUCGACAUUGAGACCUACUACAAACCCGACACUGGCAACCAAGCUGAUGUCUUCAACAUGUCUGCAGCAGAGAAGAGGCAGAGGAGUAUUGACCCGAUCGACAUCGUGACGGACCCCAUCCCCCCUCAUGAGUACAAGGCAGAGGAAGAUCCAAGGCUUUAUAAGUCAGUGAAGACCCAGAGGGGUCCUCUGCUGGACGACUGGAUAGAAGAAUACAACAAUGACCCAGGGAAGACCCCCAUCAUGUGUGCCUACAAACUCUGCAAGGUGGAGUUCCGCUAUUGGGGCAUGCAGUCUAAAAUUGAACGCUUCAUUCACGAUGUUGGACUGAGAAAAGUGAUGGUGCGCGCCCACCGGCAGGCCUGGUGCUGGCAGGACGAGUGGUACGGUCUGACCAUCGAGGACAUCCGGCAGCUGGAGCUGGAGACCCAGCUGGCCCUGGCCAGGAAGAUGGCCCAGUUCAGCCAGGCGGAGGAGGCCACCGAGGCCAACGGAGGUGCUCCGUCUCCAGACAAAGACCAGGAGGCGAAGGAGGCCAUCAGCUCCAUUGAAGCAGAAGAGGUGGUUGCCAGCCCAGGAGGAGAGACUCUGCAGCCACGAGGUGUGCUUACCAAGCAGUGGUCCACCUCCUCCCGCUCCUCCCGCUCAUCCAAGAGAGGAGUGAGCCCGUCACGUCACAGCAUCUCCGAGUGGAGGAUGCAGAGCAUCGCCAGAGACUCGGAUGACAGCUCGGACGAGGAGUUCUUCGAUGCUCAUGAGGAUUUCUCGGAUGGCGAGGAGAUCUUUCCAAAGGAGAUUACCAAGUGGAACUCCAAUGACCUCAUGGAUAAGAUUGAAGCUGCAGACACAGAGGAAGCUCCCGGUGAUCUGUUCAAGGAGAUGACUGUGGACUACGAAAGAGCAACCAGUGAGGAAAGAUUAGAUGAGAUGUGUGGCUCUCUUAGUGGCCAAGCCGAUAGCUCUCCUAUUCCCACCAUCAUGGUAACAAGGCACCAAUCAGAGAGCUCGUCUCAGCAGUGUCUGCAGCCGUCCAAGAUCCACGUGCUGAUAUUGGUCCUGCACGGAGGGAACAUCCUGGACACAGGCGGAGGAGACCAGAACAGCAAGCAGGCCGACGUCAACACCAUUAGUACGGCUUUUGACACAGUCAUGCGUGUUCACUACCCCGCUGCGCUGGGGCGCAUCGCCAUCCGCCUGGUGCCCUGCCCCGCCAUCUGUGCCGAGGCCUUCUCCCUAGUGUCCAACCUGAACCCUUACAGCUACGAUGAAGGCUGUCUGUCCAGCAGCCAGGACCACAUCCCGCUGGCGGCCCUGCCCCUUCUCGCCACCUCAGCUCCACAGUACCAGGAGGCUGUGGCCACGGUCAUCGUCCGAGCUAACCAGGUCUACACUGAUUUCAUGAAGUCCCUGGAUGGAGCUGCUUUCUCUGGCCAGGUGUGCCUCAUCGGGGACUGUGUUGGAGGCAUCCUGGGCUUUGACGCUCUGUGCAGCAGCAAUCAGACAGUGAAUGAAAGCCAGAACAGCAGUCGCAGAGGUAGCAUCAUCAGUGUUCAGGACCAGGACCUCCUCUCUCCUGGUAUUAUUGUCAACAGCGGACACGGAUCGGCGUCCCCGACAUUGGAGGGAAGCCGCCACCUGAGUCGCAGUAACAUCGACAUCCCCCGUGCGAGCUCCGGCGAAGACGCCAAGAGACAGCUGCCACGCAAGAGGAGCGACUCCUCCACCUACGAGCUGGACACAAUCAAACAACAUCAGGCUUUCCUGACGAGCUUGCACUCCAGUGUCUUGCGGAGCGACGCCGUGUCUCGCAGGUCAAGCAGCAGCACCAUGCUGGACGGAGGCUCUCUUGGGAAGUUUGACUUUGAAGUGUCCGACUUUUUCCUCUUCGGCUCCCCUCUGGGUUUGGUGCUCGCCCUGAGGAAAACUGUGAUUCCUAUGCUGGAUGUGGCUCAGCUGCGACCUGCCUGUCAGCAGGUCUAUAACCUGUUCCACCCGGCCGACCCCUCAGCCUCUCGUCUGGAGCCCCUGCUGGAGAGGAAAUUUCACCUCCUUCCUCCCUUCAGCGUACCCAGAUAUCAACGCUUUCCCCUGGGAGACGGCAACUCCGCCCUACUGGUGGAGACAGUCCAGAGCAACGCUCAGCUGCUGCUUGACAGCGGGCCUCCCCUGUCCCUUCGCUGUCAGGAGACCAUCAGUGAGACCUGCAUCCCCGUGCCUGUGCUAAACUGGCAGGAGGGCAUCCUCAAAGCCACACCCGCCACUAUGGAGUCGGAUGUUGUUCAGUCUCAUGGUGGUGUCUUCAUGGACAGUUCGUACCCCUCAUCCCCCGUAACGGGCCCCCUCUCCCGGGGCCAGCGGAGGGCCAGUGAGGUCAGCAUUGCCAGCCAGGUCUCAGGAAUGGCAGACAGUUACACUGCCACCAACAUAGCCAACACCGAAUCAUGUGAGAUUAACCAAUCCAAAAAGUUCAGUCUUUUGUCCCAACUCGCCCUAUCAUCGCAAAACAAAUUCUCCCUGAAAAGUCCUCCUAAGUCCCGAAAAAAGAAAGCAGAGGCUGACGAGGCCGCGGGAUCAUCCGAUGCAGAUGUAGUGACAGAAACGGACGGUGAGGCAGACAGUAGUGACGGUCUGAGCUCCGCUGGCCAGUACGAAGCCUGCCUGUCCGCCGGGCUGGACUGUGCUAUAUGUGAUCUGGUGUCCCUGGACUCCCAAGCGGAAGUGGACCAAGUUGCGGCGCGCUGGUGGGGCACAAAGCGGCUGGACUUUGCGCUGUACUGCCCCGACGCUCUGACCGCUUUCCCCACAGUGGCUUUACCGCACCUGUUCCACGCGUCGUACUGGGAGUCCACUGAUGUGGUGUCUUUUCUCCUGAGACAGGUCAUGAGGCACGAUAACUCCAGUAUUUUGGAGCUUGAUGGGAAAGAAGUGUCUGAAUUCACACCUUCGAAGCCUCGAGAGAAGUGGCUCCGCAAGAGAACCCACGUCAAGAUAAGGAAUGUCACUGCCAACCACCGGGUAAACGACGCCGUGUUCACUGAAGACAGCCAGCAGGUCGUGACCGGGCGCUUCAUGUACGGUCCUCUGGACAUGGUCACUUUAGCCGGGGAGAAGGUUGACCUCCACAUCAUGACUCAGCCUCCAUCGGGCGAGUGGGUGUACUUCAACACAGAGGUGACCAACAGCAGUGGUCGUGUGUCUUUCGUCAUCCCCGAGGGCAAACGCCUGGGGAUCGGAGUCUACCCCGUCAAAAUGGUCGUCAGGGGUGACCACACAUUUGCAGACAGCUACCUGACCGUUAUUCCUCGUGGCACCGAGUUUGUAGUUUUCAGCAUUGACGGGUCUUUUGCUGCGAGUGUCUCCAUCAUGGGCAGCGAUCCCAAAGUGAGGGCGGGGGCUGUGGAUGUCGUCAGGCACUGGCAGGAUUUGGGCUACUUGAUCAUUUACGUGACUGGACGCCCAGACAUGCAGAAGCAGCGGGUGGUGGCCUGGUUGUCCCAGCACAACUUUCCUCACGGAAUAGUUUCCUUCUGUGACGGCCUGGUCCACGACCCGCUCAGACACAAGGCCAACUUCCUCAAGACUCUAACUGAAGCUCACAUGAAGAUUUUCGCUGGCUAUGGAUCAACCAAAGACAUUUCAGUCUACACCUCCAUCGGCCUCCCCCCCACUCAAAUAUAUAUUGUCGGUAGACCUUCUAAGAAGAUGCAGCACCAGUGCCAGUUCAUCACGGAGGGAUAUGCAGCUCAUCUGUCCCAGCUGGAGUACAACCACCGUUCCCGGCCUGCCAAGUCCAGCAGCGCGCGCAUGGUGCUGCGCAAAGGAAGCUUCGGCCUGGGCGCGAACAGCGAGUUCCUCAGGAAGAGGAAUCACUUGCUGCGCACCAUCUCCUCGCAGCCGGCUCCCAGCUCCCCAACGGGCAACAUACACAACAGACCCGAGCGCACGCAGAGCCAGUCGGACAGCGAGAGGCUGGAGAGGGAGCGGCUGGAUCGCGCGUACAGCCACAGCCAGGGCUCCACGCAGCGCAGCAUGAGCAUCACGGCGAGCUGCUGGGGCCGCAGCAGCAGCACCAAGCUGGAGCCGGGCAUUUUCAGCCCAAAAUGAGACCAGGGGGACAACGUGGGAGUUGCCCUCCGGAGAGACUCAAACGCAAGGCUGUGGAAGAGACUUAUAAUAGAUAGAUGACAAAGAGCGGGAGGCAGUCGGUGUGCACCAGAUGGGUAAAUACCACAAGACGAUUCAGGUGCUCCAAACCACUCUUCAUAAAAAUAACAGCAGUCACAUCAAAACCGAACAUCUAUGGACCGAAGCUGCAGCUCUGUUCAUUGUAAACCUGACGCAGCGGGCGUUUGAAGAGGAGCGGUCCUGAAACGGGAACGUCCGCAUAAACAGACUCAGAUAACACCGUCAGGAUCCAGACUGCUUCUGGUGUUUAGUAAAUAUUGAAUACAAGGUCAGUUUCCCUCCCUGGACGGGCUCCGAGAGGAGCUGGUUACACACACAACAAAAGCACUCCGCGCUGUUUUCUGCAGCAAGCAACACAGCAGUUGUUACAGACAGCUUGUAUCAGGUCCACAUGCUGAUACUGCUCUUUAACUGGCGCUCCAUCGUGACCAAUACAAGCACAACAGUUACUGCAGAGACCGACUCUGUGUAUGGUACUUUGAAAACUGGGUCCUUUUUAUGUAAGAUGCUUUACUCACGGAGCAGAGCUGAGAAUCGGGUGAAAUUGGACUGAAUGUGUGUUUUUUUUUGUUUAUCCAGACAAAAAUUCAGAAUAAUUACAAGGUUUUUUUUUUCAGUAAGUUCAACAAAAUAUUUUUCCCAAAACUCUCAGUGUAGAACCAAGUUGAUGUCAACUGAUUAAGACCAAGUGCUGGGUUGAUUUGUGUCGUGAUUAGCGUGGUUGCCUCUCGACAAGAAGUCGAUUGAAAUGCAAGACCUCUCUGUAAAGAGUUCACAUGUUCUUCCUGUGCGCCUGCUGAGUCGCUAUUUUCUCUUUUGCAAGUGACCCAACAAUCCAAGCCUUUGAUUUUUAGGUGAGACUACAUUACUCCCAGACAGGCUGUUCCUGAAUUGGCCCUGUGAUCGAUGUCUUACUUAGCUUUGGUCACAUUGAUUUAUUAGACGAAUGAGUGAAUUUCAAUACCCAGACUUUACAAACAGCAUAAACUGGAUAGUAUCACUCAUACAGUCCUGUUUUGCUGGUUUUCAGCUCAGCUCUCAAAUGCAAAGACUCUCCCACAUGCCACAAGAGGAAAUGUUUAAAAUGACCCUUUAACUGCAGCUGAAACGGAUUCUGUUUUUUUUUUUCUUCCUUCUUCUUCUUUAGUUUGUUUGUUUUUCCAGCAUUUCACCACAUCACUCAUUACUGUGCUGCUGUACUUUCCUGAAUGAGUAAUGUAUGAAUCCGCAACGGGAGAAAAGUUGUCCCACUGUACAGUUAAUGUGCCAAAGUAAAACAGUAUAGAACGAUAUGCUGUGUUUGAUGGGGGAGGGAACGGAUCGGUUUUCCUGUGUACAAACAGAGUAGACUUUGUGUAACUAUGUAGUUGAACGCCUUUGACAAGGCCUUGUACAUAAUUGUUACAUUACAGUGUAGAUUUAGUAUCUGGUCUAUUGGAGACCCGUAUCAAGUGUCUUCUUUACUCUGGGGGUAAACACCGACUCAUUCAGGAUUAACGAUGAUAAUUAUUGUUAUUUAAAAAAAAUAUAUAUAGAUAUUUUAAAAUGUACUGAUUUUUGUGAACAAAAUAGUCUUUUAAGAUUUCUUUAGUUGUCUCGUGAACUUUCUCUUCAAACUUAAGUUGCAGCAGCCAAAACUGUGAGGUUUUUGCCUGGCACAGUAUUGUACUUUUUUUAAAUAAUUAUUAUUAUUAUUAUUAACUCACAGAUCACCAGAGUUGUAUCAACAGAACUUUGACCUUGUGUCAUACAUUGUACGUUUGUUAUUUACUAUUUUGGAAGUAUGGGAUUGGGCUGCUGUCUGCCUAUUACUACGCUGUAAAUGAAGCGUUGAAUGUGCUCAUAGAUGAUCCUCCUUAGGUUAAAGGUCUUUGUCUCUGUUCUGCUGCGCCUUCAGGGGAAUAAAAAGGGUAAAUUGUAAAUUCUGUACAAUAAGCUGUCGAAAGUAGGAACACAAGAGCUAAGACUUACUUUAUGCUGUUUUACCAUUUGUUUAAAAAAGAAAAAAAAAGGGUCAAAAUUGUUGUGACAUAUUCAUUCGAAUGCUGUUUAUUUGUCCCUCAGAUAAGGCUUGAACAGAGAUAGCUGCAAUGGACCAAUAUGGGCUCAGACGAAAGGGAAAAUGUGCAAUAUUUAGCCUCUCCGCCGGAUCAAGCAGACUGUUGAGGAAACAUCACAGUGCAUUGACAAUCAGUUAAACAGGCACAUAUUUUAACGGACAUCGAAUAGCGGAAGGCCUCCCGACAUGUCGGGGGCGCCAGCCAAACGCACAGAUACACAUUUUAAACCGGCGACUUCUCUCAUAUCGGAGUGUCUCAUAUCUCCUCGUUGAAACGACGUGCGGAGUUUCAGUUUUCGCUGUGAUGUCUCCAGCUUACAAACAAAUCUGCUUCGUCGCAUUAUUAGGUACACCCGGAAAUGAUGCAGUUUUAACUUCAUGUCCCUGCAGUAAAAAAAAAAAAAAAAAUAACCCAGAUUCUGAAGGAUGUAGCCUGCAGGUGAGCAU